AUGGAAUAUCAAGUCGCAGACGCCUCCAUCAGCCCUGCCGAGCUUGAAGCUGACUCACGCUGGGUCGGGGCCGUGAAAGCACACCGUACAGCCGCGGCCCACCAUCCCAUCGUCUCGCCACCGCCUGCCUCGCCACCAUCGAAGACCCCCUGCACUACCACUCUCCGUCGUCGCCUCCCAGCGGAGGACUUCAAGAUCGUCUACAGACCGGGAGGAGGGCUUGACCUCCGCACAACCACUAACGGAGCCCUGCUCCAAAUCCUUUGCACUCAUGCCACCAUCGACUACGCCACCGCACGCACCGCCGACCGUGUACAGAUAAUCCAUGGGGCGUUCCAAAUCCAUCUUCAUCACCUUCGUCGGCGCUUCUACCCUCCCCUCCACCAUCGUCUUCAACUGCGGGGCCUACCGCUGCCACCCGUUCUGCCCGAGAGCCGAGGCCUGCACGAAGUGCUGGGCUCCUGGCCACCGCGCGGAUGUCUGCACCAAGCCCAAGUCCGCCCUCUGUCACCGCUGCGGCCAGGCCCACAAGCCAGUCGAGCCCCCGACCUGCGUCCCCUGCUGCAUCCUGUGCAAGGGAGCCCACAUCACAGGCUCGCGCCCGUGCGGGCUCUGGUUCGACCGGAACGGCUGGUCAUCGCUUCCAGCCACCUCCAAGCACCAGCCUCCCCCACCAGCGCCACCCACCGGGCGCAUCCUCAAGACCUCGCGGCCUUCCCGCCCCCGCCGCCACUGUCUCCCGUGGUGCCCAGUCUACCAGCCGCCACUCUCUCCUUCCCGCCUCUGCCUAGGUCCGAGGCGUCCACCUCCCCCGCCACCACAUCACCGGUAAGCUGGAAACCGCAGCCUCACACGUCGGACCCCCAAACCGCGGCCCUCGAAGCCACUAUCGCUGCCCAGCAGCUUCAAAUUCCCGAGCUGUCGCGCCAGCUGCAGGCGGCGCUAGUGCGUCUGUCCUCCUCCACUCCUCCUCUUCCUUCCCCAGCUCCCGCACCUCCACAGCCGCAGUAG